UUUAGAUUAUAAAGUAGUCCGCACACGAAAUGUCAACGAUGUCAAGUUCUAGCAGCGAUUCUGAGGAAAAUUCCACUGAAUGUGAAGACUUUUAUGUCGAUAAAGAUUAUGAAGAAUGUGUAGAAUUAUCAAAAGAGUGGGGGGUACAUCUUGCAGACGAAUGUCUGUGGGCCAGCGAUAAAAAACCCUUUACAGUAUACAGAGAUAAGAAAAAAAUUGAGCUGGAUGAAUAUGAAGAACAGGGGUUUUUGAGUGAUCGUCUUUUAGCUUGUUGUACCACAUAUUUCGAUAAAUCUCCUGAAGUUCAACAUUAUGCCUUGUGUAAAUGUGACUUAUCCCAUCUUAAGAUUUUAACUGAUAUAACCAUCUUGAAAUAUCACCAUUAUAUCCAAUAUUUAGAUUUAUCAAAAAAUAAAAUUGAAGAGUUGGGAGCACUGGGCAAUUUACCGUUCUUAAUGUAUUUAAACGCUUCUCACAACAAUAUCAUUAAUCUCCUGGACUUUAAAGCCCCACUUAAUUUAACCUACGCUGACUUUUCACAUAACCUCAUUGAAGUAAUUGAAGAUCUAUCGGAAUUUUGGAGCCUUAAAACUCUGAAUGUAUCCUACAACAAAAUCCGUCAAAUAAAUGGACUUCUGGACUUAAAAUAUUUAAGGGUCCUCGACUUAUCUCAUAACUAUAUAACCGAGCUAAACAACGUCGAAAAUUUACGUCUGCGGGAGUUAUAUUUGAGUGAAAAUUGCAUACAGACCUGUCAGAAUAUUGUGUGUACUCUACAAUUUAUAAGGAUCAUAGAUUUGUCGAGAAAUAAUAUAAGAACAUUGGAGUUUUUGAAGGGGGUUGAAAAUUUGGAGGAGUUGUAUAUUUCAGGAAAUUAUAUCGAGUAUAUAUUGGAGUUGUCGAAUUUUGAGGCGUUAAAGUUCGUAACCAAAGUAAAUAUGAAAGGUAACCCCAUAGUGCUAAAUAAGCACUAUUUCAGUCUAUGCAUAAAAUUCAUACCUAAUCUUUAUGUUCUUAAUGAUGAAUACCUGACAAGCUCAUUAAAAGAAUAUGCCUUGUCAUCUGACAAUAGAAUUUUAAAUGUGGGAGUGAAAAGAGCAAAUUUAGCUCUGAUAAAUGGGCUAAAUCAACAUAACACAACGACAGCGGUGUUACCUUUGGGGGAAACAAGACCCAUACUAAUUUUGGUGGGUUUACCUGGAUCAGGGGUUAAAAAUUUCGCCAGUAGAAUUUGCGAGAAGUACAGCAAAGAAAAAGAUAUACAUAUUAGGUAUGAUCCUGAAGCAAUAGUGGAAAAAAAAUUGAAGGAAUUAAAAAAAACGGAAAGCGAAAUAAGGGGUAUUAUUAUAAAUAUAAUAGAAGACUCUUUGGAUAGUGCUUCGCGCCCAAAACGCGCCAAAAAAAAGAAAUCUAAAUUGAAUCAAGGAUCUUCAAGGGAUGAUUCUAAACAUUCAUCCUGGGAACCCACGAAGUCUGAGGAUUGUUCAAAAUUUGACAGCCUGUGUGAAUCAACCUGCAAAAUACGGACUAGUAUACCAGAAAAGCAAUCUUUAGUACCUUCCAGUGCAAGCGAAGCUGUCAUUGAUGGAAAUGUUGUUCUGAGCUCUUUAAGCAUUGAGCAAGAAAUGGAUGAAGAGUGCCUACAAAAACUGGAAAGUAAGGUUAGCGAUUUUUUCCAUAGAAUUUUGCUGGAGAGAGAUGAACUUCUCGCCAUACACUGUGCCAACAUAGGUCUCUUCCACGAUCUGUUUUUUACAGACGAUCUUGAUUCUUCUUUGGAGAAAAUGAGGAAAUUCGUUAAGCAAAUUGUAACGCAACAAAGCAACAAGGAACCUGUUGAUAUUUUCAAGGACGAUAAAUCUCAUGAAAACAUCAUAAAAGCCAAAUUGAAGGCCUUCAGAAGUGAUUUAGAUAUACCAGCAAAAGAUAUGAAGAGAACCAUCCUGUCUACUACGGGUCAUUCCAAAUACUGCCUACAAAAGCACAACUUGGGAAAAUAGUUGAAUGUUAUAUUUUUAGUGGCGAUGACGUA